CUUAUACAAAAACACCUCCCGCUAUGCUUCUCUUGUGUGCGUGAAAAUGGAGAUAAGCACCAUGUCACAGGCACUGCAACUCCAUGCCAAAAUCCUCAAAACACCCGACAACACCCCCGAUCAAAACUACCAAAAGGGUCUCUUCAAGCUCUUCACCUUCACUGCUCUCUCGCCGUCCGGUGACCUCAAGUAUGCCCACUCAAUUCUCAACUCUCUACGCUAUCCCAGCUCUUAUUAUUACAACACCAUGAUUCGGGCAUACUCCCAGAGCCCCGACCCCACUAUUGCCUUCUCAAUUUUCCUCUCCAUGCUCCACGACCCCACCAGUACCUUCCCAAGACCCAACAAUUUCACCUUCCCGUUCCUCCUCAAGUCUUGCGCUCGUUCGAGACUGAUUCGACUAGGAAAACAGGUCCACGGGCAGGCUAUAAAGUCGGGUUUCGGCACGGAUUUAUAUAUCAAAAACUCAUUGAUUCAUAUGUAUUCGGGGUGUGGAGAAUCGGGUCAUGCUUGUAAGGUGUUUGAUAAAAUGGGUGAGAGAGAUGUGGUUUCGUGGACGGCGAUGAUUGAUGGGCUCGUCGACAAUGAUCAGCCUGUCAAAGCGAUAGAAUUAUUUGAAAGAAUGUUAAUUGAUGGUCUUGAGAUUAACGAUGCUACAAUUGUUUCAGUGUUGAGAGCCUGCGCUGACAGUGGGGCACUAAGCAUGGGGAAGAGGGUGCACGGACUUGUAGAGGAGAGAAAUGUUGCUUUAAAAGCUAACGUGAGUACAAUCCUUAUUGAUAUGUACGCUAAGUGUGGGUGCAUUGACAAUGCAAGGCAGGUGUUCGAUGAUAUAGUGGACAAAGAUGUUUUUUCCUGGACUGCUAUGAUUUCAGGCCUGGCUAGCCAUGGAGAGUGUAAGGGAGCUAUUGGCUUGUUUAAAGAAAUGGUGGAAAAGUUUAAUGUAAAACCUGAUGAGAGGACAAUGACUGCUGUUUUAUCUGCAUGUAGAAACUCAGGUAUGGUUAAUGAAGGUUUCCAGUAUUUCAGAACAAUGCGAAAGAAGUAUGGAUUGAAGCCUACAAUUCAACACUAUGGAUGUGUAGUUGACCUGCUAGCAAGAGCAGGAAGAUUGAAAGAGGCUGAGGACUUCAUUAGAAAAAUGCCCAUUCAACCUGAUGUAGUGCUGUGGAGGAAUUUGAUAUGGAGUUGUAAGGUGCAUGGAGAUACUGAGAGAGGUGAACGUUUGAUCAAAGAAUUUGAGCUUCUAAAGAGUGGUGAUAGUGAUUGUGGGAGUUAUGUACUUGCUGGCAAUGUGUAUGCAUCAGCAGGAAAGUGGGAUGACAAGGCAAGGGUGAGAGAGUUGAUGCGUCAGAAGGGGCUCAUAAAGCCUCCAGGGUCUAGUAAGAUUGAGGUUGAUGGGUUGAUUCAUGAGUUUAUAUUUGGAGAUUCAAAUCAUCCCGAUGCAAAAAUGAUAUACCUGAAGCUGGAUGAAGUGAAGGAGGGAUUGAGAGAAGAAGGGUAUCUUCCGAAAGUUUCGGAGGUAUUGCUAGAAAUGGAUGCUGAGGAGAAAUCUUUUCAAUUGUGGCACCAUAGUGAGAAGCUAGCUGUUGCUUUUGGACUAAUCAAAACAAGUCCAGGGUCAGAGAUCCGGAUAGUGAAAAACUUGAGGUCUUGUGAGGAUUGCCAUGACGUUAUGAAACUAAUAUCAAAGAAAUACCAAAGAGAGAUAAUUGUUAGGGACCGAAUACGCUUCCACCAUUUCAGAAAUGGGUGUUGCUCGUGUGGGGAUUAUUGGUAGCCAUGGGAUCGUUUCAGCAAGCUGAUGGCUUCUGAGUUCUGUCAUGCUUGAAUACAGGAUUUUUAGGCUAAUUUAUUCGAUUCAUCAGCAUCUAAUACACUUCAGUCCUUUAUCAAGACAAGCGAUAACACAAACGCAUGGAGUGCAAUAAGCUUUACAUGAUCAGCUGGGUGUAUUAGAGGAGAAGGAAGAUUCACAGAAAUCAUCUCAGAGUGAAAGCUUGUUUAAGUGACUGAAUCAUCACUGUUUCUUCAACUUUUGUUUCUGUCAGUCCAAUUUGUGGGAAACUUGUUAGUCGUUACAACUGCAGAUACGGGUGUGAUGGGUCCUCAACUUGGAAUCAAAAGGUACAGAAGGGAUUCUCCUCCUGCUCACUACAUGAUGAAGGUUGGGUAAUUCUCUUUACUCUCCUCAAAGGUGGAGAAAAAAAUAUAUGAAAAAUCACCUGUUUUUGAAGCCGGAGGCCAUAAAUGGAGUUUGGUCAAUUUUAUGUUGGGAAUUGCUGCCCUGUCAUUAAUUUGCUAGACUUUGAUAUCUCUGCCAUAUCUCAAAGUUGGGGGUUAAAGGACUUAUCAUGCUUGUAAUGUUUUCAUUGCACUAUUAUUUGUGUACUGUGAAAAUAUUAAUGUGCUUGUGAGUUGUGACC